AUGGCCAAAAAAUUUGAAAAUGAAUUUCUAAAGAAUGAACCCAAACGUAUCCGCGUUUGUUGUCGAUAUAAGGAGACGUAUGGAUGCCCUUGGAUGCUCUUUGCAGCUCCUGUUAAAAAUGAUAAAAGAAUGGAAAUCAAAAGGUUUGUGAAUGAACACAGUUGCGGACAACAUUCUAACUUGUCAGGACAAUCACGGGCAUCUCGCAAGUUCAUAGCAGCCCAAUUGCGACCGGUAUUAAAGGCACGAUCUGAAAUCCGCCCAAUUGAUGUGCAAAAGGACUUCCUCACUCGAUUUGGAUUGAGACUUGAAUACAGUAAGAUAUGGUGGGGCAGAGAAAGAGCGCAGCAGGAUAUGUAUGGUGAUAGCUAUGAGGCUUAUGAUCAAUUAAGAUUAAGCGGCAUUGUUGUACAGGGUUUCUUAAAUGGGUGUAGACCCCUUUUAUUUUUGGAUAGGACCUUUUUGAAAGACAGAUAUAAAGGCAUGCUUCUGAGCGCCAUAGCCUAUGACGGAGACCAAGGGAUAUUUCCACUUGCAUCAAAGCUCAAGGAUUUGGGAAUGAAGGCAAAGGACACACAGGUUUUGGGGAAUUUGCUCCAAACUGCUUGCUAUAAAUACACUAUAGCGGAAUGGAACGACUACAUGAAGGAAAUUUAUGAGAUGGCUCCAGUCGCAUAUGAGAUUGCAAUUAAUUACUCACCAGAGCAUUGGGCAAAUGCCGUCUUCCCUGGCAUUAGAUAUGGCCAUGUAACCUCUAAUGUCGCAGAAUCCUUUAACAACUGGAUACGUGAAGCCCGUUUGUUACGUAUCCUGCAAAUGGUGGAGCAUAUCCGAAAACAACUUAUGACUUGCAUGAACAACAGACGGAUAAUGGCGUGUAAGUGGACAAGCUAUCUUUGUCCUAAAGCUGAGCAGAUUGUUAGAGAAAAUAUGGAAAAAAGGGCGCACUUUAGAGAUUAG